AUGGCCACCUCAACCUUUUCACCUCUCCCUCUCCUCCUCCUCCUCCUCUUCCACCUCGCCGUUACUUCCGUCACCGUCACAUCCAUCGGCAUCAACUACGGCACCCUAGGAGACAAUCUCCCACCACCAACCACCGUAGCAAACUUCCUAAAAACAAACACAAUCAUCGACCGUGUCAAGAUCUUCGACGUGAGUCCUCAGAUCCUUCAGGCUUUUGCUAACACCGGGAUCUCCGUCACCAUCACGGCGCCGAACGGCGAUAUCGCGGCGUUGGCGAAGAUUGAUACGGCGAGGCAAUGGGUUGUUACGCAUGUUAAGCCUUUUCAUCCUCAGACGAAGAUUAAUUAUAUUCUGGUUGGAAGUGAAGUUCUUCAUUGGGGUGAUAGUGCUAUGAUUCGGAACCUUGUUCCUGCUAUGAGAACGCUUCAUGCUGCUCUUCUUGCGGAGGGUAUUUCCGACAUUAAGGUUACUACAGCACACUCGUUAGCAAUAAUGCGACAAUCGUUGCCACCAAGUGCAGGCCAAUUCAGACCAGGAUUCGCAAAAUACUUUCUAGGACCAAUGUUGAAAUUCCUAAGACAAACAAGAACACCAUUUAUGGAACACCAACCUAAGAUACACAAACCAAUUUGA